AUGGCGAGAAAGCUCAGUGUAUUGGAAGUCCUUCUGAUCAUUUUCAAUAUAGUUGUAUUGGCAGUAGAUAUCCUUCUGUUGCUUCUUGUGCUGGAGGAUUCUCCAGGUAAGGACGAUGGUUCAUUUACUCCUGAUUGUCCAAACAUUGCUGAGUCAGAAAGAAUAGACUGUGCACCUGGUGAGGUGGUGACAGAGGAUGUCUGCAGAUGGCAGUAUAAAUGCUGCUGGAAGCCAGUGGCAGAUACCAAAGCCCCUGCAUGCUUCUUCCCUAAGAACUGGGGUUAUGAAGUCACCACUGUCCGUACAAAUACAAGCACAGGGUUUACUGCUCAGUUGAAAAAGCUGUCAACGCCAUCUCAUUUUGGAAAUGAUAUCGCUGAUGCCCUCUUCACAGCUGAAUAUCAGGCAGCCAACCGUUUUCAUUUUAAGAUCACUGAUUUCAAUGAGUUACGCUAUGAAGUCUCCCAUGAAAACAUCAACCUCAUGAAUGGGACUGCUGAUGCAUCUACUUUGAGCUACUCUGUAGAGGUCAUCAAAAUGCCCUUCAGCAUCCGAAUAAUACGAAAGAGCAACAAGAAAGUCUUGUUGGACACAGGCAUCGGGCCCCUUCAGUUUGCCCAGCAGUACCUGCAGCUGUCUUUCCGACUGCCCAGCUCCAAUGUGUAUGGGCUGGGGGAACAUGUCCAUCAGCAAUACCUCCACAACAUGAGCUGGAACACCUGGCCCAUCUUCACCAGAGAUGCCACUCCCACAGAGGGCAUGGCUAAUCUGUAUGGAGCACAUACAUUCUUCUUGUGUCUUGAAGAUACCAGUGGGGCUUCUUUGGGGGUUUUCCUUUUGAACAGCAAUGCCAUGGAGGUCACUCUUCAGCCUGCUCCUGCCGUCACGUACCGCACAACCGGAGGCAUUCUUGACUUCUACAUCUUCCUGGGAAACACGCCAGAGCAAGUAGUUCAAGAAUACCUGGAGGUUGUUGGACGGCCAUUCUUGCCUUCCUACUGGAGCCUUGGUUUCCAGCUCAGCCGCAGGGAUUACGGUGGCACUGAGGGGUUGAGAGAGGUUAUAGAACGAAACCGUAAAGCUGUCAUCCCUUUUGAUGUGCAAUACUCAGACAUAGACUACAUGGACGAAAAGAAAGAUUUCACGAUUGAUGAAAAGGCUUACUCCAAUCUUACAGAGUUGGUUAAGGACCUCCAUGACAAUGGACAGAAAUAUGUAAUUAUUCUGAACCCUGGCAUCUUCAAGAACCAUAGCUAUGAGGCCUACAGGAAUGGAAGCCAGAGCAGAGUGUGGAUCAUGAGCUCCAGCGGCUUUGCGGUUGGGGAGAGUUAUCCAGGAGAGUCAGUCUUUCCAGACUUUUCCAACCCAGCCUCUAUUCCAUGGUGGACCCAGCAGCUCAGUGAAUUUUACAAUCGUCUGGAGUUUGAUGGUGUGUGGAUUGAAAUGGAUGAACUCUCUACACUUCUUCAAGGUUCCAAUGUCAGGUGUGAUUCGAAUGACUUGAACUCCCCUCCUUUCAUUCCCAGUGUCCUGGAUGGCUCACUGUUGGUAGGAACCCUCUGCAUGGACACAGAAUUUUACUCAGGCCUUCACUAUGAUGUCCACAGCAUCUAUGGCUACACCAUGUCAAGAGUCACAGAUUUGGCCCUGGGUACUGUCUUCUCACCCAAGAGGAACUUCAUCUUAUCACGUUCUACCUUUGCUGGGUCUGGCAAAUUUGCUGCUCAUUGGCUCGGAAACAAUGCAGCCACCUGGGAUGACCUCCGAUGGUCCAUCCCCAGCAUCCUUGAGUUUAACUUAUUUGGAAUCCCCAUGGUAGGGGCCAACAUCUGUGGCUAUAGAAACAAUGUCACAGAGGAACUCUGCAGAAGAUGGAUGCAACUUGGAGCAUUUUACCCAUUGUCCAGGAAUCACAAUGGCCCUGCGUACAGGGACCAGGACCCUGCUGCCUUUGGCCCUGACUCUCUGCUAUUGGAAUCCUCAAGAUAUUAUCUGAUGGUCCGUUAUACCUUAUUACCCUAUCUCUACACCCUCUUCUACCGUGCUCACACACUCGGGGAGACAGUAGCAAGGCCCCUCGUCCAUGAGUUCUAUCAAGACCCAGCCACAUGGGAUGUGCAUGAACAGUUCUUGUGGGGGCCUGGACUCCUUAUCACGCCUGUGUUAUAUGAAGGAGUGGACCACAUAAAAGCUUAUAUCCCAGAUGCCAUCUGGUAUGACGUUGAGACACAACUGGCUAUUGAAUGGAGGAAACAAUUUGUAGACAUGCCAUUACCAGGCGACAAGAUAGGGCUUCACCUUCGAGGAGGCUACAUAUUUCCCAUCCAGACGCCAAACACAACCACAGAGACAAGCCGGAAGAAUCCCUUGGGACUCAUUGUUGCCUUGGACUAUAAGCGAGAAGCAAAGGGCCAGUUGUACUGGGAUGAUGGUGUGUCUAUAGACACAGUGUUAGAAAGGAAGUACAUUCUGUAUGAUUUCUCUGUUACAUCUAACAGAUUACAGGCAAAAAUUAUAAACAACAAUUACUUGGAUCCCAAUGACCUCAUGUUUACAGGCAUCAUAAUCUGGGGGAUGGACAAAGAGCCACGUGGUCUUAAUGUCUUACUUAAUGGCUAUACCACCCCCAUUUCAAGCUACAGCUACAAUCCUUCAACAAAGGUGUUGGAAAUCUCUGACCUCAUAGGACUGAAGCUGGGACAAGAAUUCUCCAUUGAGUGGACUCUUGCAGUCAAUGACCUGGAGAAGUUUAACUGCUUCCCCGAGGAUCCUGCAGUCUCUGAGGAGAGCUGCAAGCAGCGUGGGUGCCUCUGGGAGCCCACCACUACUCCUGGAGUGCCUACCUGUUUCUACGACACCAUUCCCCAAUAUGCUGCCAGUAACGUUCAGUACCAGCCGACAGGCAUCACCAUGGACCUGACCCUUCUGGAAGACUCAACAUCUGCUCGGGCAGCAGCAGCUCCAAAUGUUGUCUCUGAUCCUCUUUCUGGAAAGAUCAGCUCUCUGAAACUGAGUGUAAUUUACCAUACAGAAAACAUGCUGCAGUUCAAGAUUUACAGCCCCACUAACAAGAGAUAUGAGGUUCCAGUACCUCUGAACGUCCCUGCUGAGCCACUUGGAUCCUCUGAGGGCUGUCUAUAUAAUGUCACAGUUAAAAUCAACCCAUUUGGACUCCAAAUUAGAAGGAAAAGCUCCAAUACUGUGAUUUGGGAUUCUCAGCUCCCUGGCUUCACCUUCAGUGAGAUGUUCCUUUCCAUUUCUACUCGCCUUCCUUCUCAGUACAUCUAUGGCUUUGGGGAAACAGAGCACGCAUCUUUCAGAAGAAACAUGAGUUGGAACAUGUGGGGAAUGUUUGCUCGGGAUGAGCCACCAGCGUACAAGAAAAAUUCCUAUGGUGUUCACCCUUACUAUAUGGCAUUGGAAGAUGAUGGCAAUGCCCAUGGAGUGCUCCUGUUGAACAGCAAUGCCAUGGAUGUGACACUCCAGCCGACCCCUGCUCUGACAUACCGCACCAUAGGAGGGAUUCUGGAUUUCUACAUGGUUCUGGGGCCAACCCCUGAACUUGUAACUCAGCAAUACACCCAGUUGGUUGGUCGGCCAGCCAUGCCUCCGUACUGGGCCUUAGGAUUCCAGCUGAGUCGCUAUGGAUACAAGAGUGAUGAUGAAAUUGCCAGUUUGUAUGAUGAAAUGGUGGCAGCCCAGAUUCCCUAUGAUGUCCAGCAUGUAGACAUCGAUUACAUGACCCGGAAGUUGGACUUCACCCUGAGUCCCAGCUUUCAAAAUCUCGGUGCCCUGAUUAAUCAAAAGAAGACAAAUGGCAUGAAGUUUAUUCUCAUUCUGGACCCAGCCAUUUCUGGCAAUGAGACAAACUAUCUACCAUUUACUCGAGGACAGGAAAACAAUGUGUUCAUCAAAUGGCCUGACUCCAAUGACAUUGUCUGGGGCAAGGUUUGGCCAGAUUUGCCCAAUGUAAAUGUGGAUGGUUCCCUUGACCACGAAACUCAAGUUAAGCUAUACAGGGCCUAUGUUGCUUUUCCUGAUUUCCUGCGCAACAGCACAGCUGCGUGGUGGAAGAAAGAGAUAGAAGAGCUCUAUUCAAAUCCUCGGGAGCCAGAGAAGAGCUUGAAGUUUGAUGGGUUGUGGAUUGAUAUGAAUGAGCCUUCAAACUUUGUGGACGGAUCCGUCAAGGGCUGCCGCAAUGAAAUUCUCAAUAAACCUCCCUACAUACCAUAUUUAGAAGCCAGGGAUUUGGGCUUGAACAGCAAGACCCUGUGCAUGGAGAGCGAGCAGAUCCUUCCAGAUGGCUCCCGGGUGCGGCACUAUGAUGUGCACAGCCUGUAUGGGUGGUCCCAGACCAGACCCACCUACGAAGCUGUGCAAAAGGUGACAGGACAGAGAGGGAUCGUCAUCACCCGCUCCACAUUCCCCACUUCUGGACGAUGGGCAGGACACUGGCUGGGAGACAACACAGCUGCCUGGGACCAGCUGGGGAAAUCCAUCAUUGGCAUGAUGGAGUUCAGUCUCUUUGGAAUACCUUAUACAGGAGCAGACAUCUGUGGGUUCUUUGGAGAUGCUGAGUAUGAGAUGUGUAUCCGCUGGAUGCAACUGGGAGCAUUUUAUCCAUUUUCCAGGAACCACAACAAUGCAGGAACUAGGAGACAAGAUCCCGUGGCCUGGAAUUCAACCUUCAAGGAGUACUCAAGGAGAGUGCUGCAGAUCAGAUACUCCCUGCUGCCAUAUCUGUAUACCUUGAUGCAUAAAGCUCACGUUGAGGGCAGCACCGUCAUCCGACCCCUUCUCCAUGAGUUCACAAAUGACAAUGUAACGUGGGAUAUAGACCGCCAGUUCAUGUUGGGCCCAGCUAUCCUGAUCAGCCCCGUUCUGGAAAGUAACACUUUUGAGAUUCAAGCUUAUUUCCCCAGAGCCCGCUGGUAUGACCAUAGCACGGGAUCUGGCCAAGACUCAACAGGUGAUUGGCAAACACUGGCCGCUCCUCUGGAUCACAUCAACGUUCAUGUCAGAGGAGGCUACAUCCUGCCUUGGCAAGAGCCUGCAAUGAACACUUACUACAGCCGACAAAAUUUUGUGGGGUUGACUGUUGCUUUGGAUGAUAAAGGGGAGGCUGAAGGUCAGAUGUUUUGGGAUGAUGGACAAAGCAUCGAUACGUAUGAAAAGGGAUUUUAUUUCUUGGCUAACUUUAGAGCAACACAGACCACUUUGAAAAUUCAGGUCCUACAUAAUCAGUAUCUGAGUGACUCAAAUCCACUGAAAGUUGGAUACAUUAGAAUCUGGGGUUUAAACUCUUCUUCUGUGGUAAAUGUCCGUGUUACCUACAACAACCAGCAAUUCAUUGAGAACAAUUUUACAAGUGACCCCUACAAUCAGAAACUAACAAUUCAACUGACAGAAAAGAAUGUGAGCCUAGAAAAGAUGACAGAAAUUAUCUGGGUUUAUGGAGAUCCUGUACGUCCCCCACCAGAUACAACCAGUGUAUUUCCCACAAGUCCUCACUCAACUGCAUCUAGCACUGAACCCUCAACCAGUAUUGCUGUCACAACUACACCUGAAACAGAAAGUACUUCCACACCCACACUUCCUGAAAUAACUACACCUUUACCUACAAGUCCUACUGCUAACUCUAGUGAUGUGAUUCCUAUGACAACCUCAACUCCUGAAAUAACUACUACUGACAGUACAACUGUCCAGACAUUUCCAAACACAACUACACCUUUCCCUAUGAGUACUACUGACAGUACAACUGGCCCCACAUUUACCAACACAACUACACCUAUAACUGUGAGUCCUACUGCUAGCACUAGUGAUGUGAUUCCCAUGACAACCCCAACUCCUGAAAUAACUACUACUGACAGUACAACUGUCCAGACAUUUCCAAACACAACUACACCUUUCCCUAUGAGUCCUACUGCUAACACUAGUGAUGUGAUUCCUAUGACAACCCCAACUCCUGAAAUAGCUACUAAUGCCAGUACAACUGUCCACACAUUUCCCAAUACAACUACACCUAUAACUGUGAGUCCUACUGCUAACACUAGUGAUGUGAUUCCCGUGACAACCCCAACUCCUGAAAUAACUACUACUGACAGUACAACUGGCCCCACAUUUCCUAACACAACCACACCUAUAACUGAGAGUCCUACUGCUAACUCUAGUGAUGUGAUUCCUUUGUUAACCACAACUCCUGAACCAACUGUUGACAAUACAACUGACCCCACAUUUCCCAACACAACUAUACCUUUUCCUACAAGUCCUACUGUUAACACUAGUGAUGUGAUUCCUAUGACAACCCCAACAUCUUAUCCAAUUGUUGACAGUACAACUGACCCCACAUUUGCCAACACAACUACACCUUUCCCUAUGAGUCCUACUGCUAACACUAGUGAUGUGAUUCCUAUGACAACCCCAACUCCUGAAAUAGCUACUAAUGCCAGUACAACUGUCCACACAUUUCCCAAUACAACUACACCUAUAACUGUGAGUCCUACUGCUAACACUAGUGAUGUGAUUCCCAUGACAACCCCAACUCCUGAAAUAACUACUACUGACAGUACAACUGGCCCCACAUUUCCUGACACAACCACACCUAUAACUGUGAGUCUUACUGUUAACUCUAGUGAUGUGAUUCCUUUGAUAACCACAACUUCUAAAAUAACUACUACUGACAGUACAACUGGCCCCACAUUUACCAACACAGCUAUACCUAUAACUGUGAGUCCUACUGCUAACACUAGUGAUGUGAUUCCCAUGACAACCCCAACUCCUGAAAUAACUACUACUGACAGUACAACUGGCCCCAUAUUUCCCAACACAACAACACCUAUUACUGUGAGUCAUACUGCUAACACUAGUGAUGUGAUUCCUUUGGUAACCACAACACCUGAACCAACUGUUGACAAAACAACUGAUCCCAUACAUCCCAACGCAACUACACCUUUCCCUACCAGUGCUACUGCUAACACUAGUGAUGCUAUUCCUUCCACAACUACAAGUCCUGAAAUAACUACUGCUGACAGUACAAGCGACACCACAUUUCCUGACACAACUGCAGCUUUUUCUACAAGUCCUCCUACAGCUAACAGUAGUGAUGCCAUUCUUUACACAGUCACAACUCCUGAAACAACUGCUGUGGAUAAUUCAAAUAGCACCACUAUCACGACAUAG